CGGCCGGAGAGCGCCCGCGUUAAUGAUGGCCCACCUCUCCCCCCUUCCCUGGGCGUUUGCCCGGGGCCUCGCCUCCUACAGCAAGACCCGCGUCCGGGAGCCGUCUCCCCUCCCUCUCGCAACCAGAGAGCGAAGCGGCUACUUCGAUUCUCCCCCAAAGUAACGAGGAAACCUGGGCUCUCCCGCCGCCCGGAGACUCCCCACCGAGUUGGACAGAGGAGGGGCCGAGGCGUCCCUCUGCGUCUGAGCCUCUAGGAAUACGCAGAGUGCCACAGCGCCCCUGAUUAUUCCUCCACCUCCAUCCAUCCCUUCCCUCUAGCAGGUCGAACCGAAGGACUGGGCGAAGGCGCCGCGUCCUCUGAAAGCUAGGCGGGGAGGGAGGAAGAUCCGAGGUUGGAGGCUCCCUUGCGGGAGGGAGAGGCAAAGGGAGCCCUGGCCGGGACCCCUGGGACGGGCACGGGCAGCCCUCUAGCUAUCUAGCCGUGCGCUGCUUGGGGCGAGGGGUUCGGUUCUAUGCCCCCACAGCUGCGAAGCUGUCCCCAGGGCCAACAGAGCAGCUGCAGGAAACCGAGAAGGGGGAGCCGGGGGGGUGGCAGGUCUAUUAAAAACCUGGACCGCCUGCGGCCGGACAAGGGGAGGGAGAGACUUCCAGAAGCGCCGAGACUAGCUGGCCCCGUCCCCCAACCCUUCCACGCAUGCUCCCGCUGGACACGUGCAACUGCUCGGCGCCUUGAGGGGGUCUCCCCGGCAUCCUCACCGUCUCCCGAGCGGCCAGGUCUCCCUGCCUGAGAGCAUGUGGGGAAGACAAAAGCGGGUCGGGGGCUUCUCUGAUGCUUGCAGGUCUAAGUGAGUCGGUUCUGCCAAGCAAAGGAUGAUGCCCUCCUGCCCACCUGGCAAGAUGCCUGCGCCAUGGCUUUGGUGGCUCCAGCUCCUCCUUUGUGUCCCAUCCUCCAUAGCAGUCUUGCCUGGCCAGGCGGACGAGCUGAAAGUGGCCACCCAGACGGGCUGGGUGCGUGGCAUGCGGAUGCCCGUUCUCGGAGGCCACGUCUCGGCCUUCCUGGGCAUCCCCUUUGCGGAGCCUCCCGUGGGCAGGAUGCGCUUCCUGCGCCCUGAGCCUGUGAGGCCCUGGCAGCACAUUCUCGAUGCCACUUCCUACCAGCGCGCCUGCUACCAGAUGGUGGACAACACCUACCCAGGAUUCCAUGGCACGGAGAUGUGGAACCCCAACUGGGGGAUGAGCGAAGACUGCCUCUACCUCAACAUCUGGGUGCCCUCCCCCCGCCCGAAGAACAUCUCCGUCCUGGUCUGGAUCUACGGAGGGGGCUUCUACAGCGGCUCUGCCUCCCUGGAUGUCUAUGAUGGCCGCAUCCUGACCUACACACAGAACGUCAUCCUGGUCUCCCUUAGCUACCGCGUGGGGGCCUUGGGCUUUUUGGGCCUCCUGGGGAGUCAGGAGGCACCGGGGAACAUGGGGCUGCUGGACCAGCGCUUGGCCUUGCAGUGGAUCCAGAACAACAUCCAGCAUUUUGGGGGCAAUCCGAAAGCGGUCACCAUCUUUGGGGAGAGUGCUGGGGCCGCUUCAGUGGGCAUGCACCUGCUUUCUGCCCAGAGCCGGGCCCUCUUCCAGCGGGCUAUUCUGCAGAGCGGUGCACCCAAUGCGCCAUGGGCCACCGUGACACCUGCAGAAAGUCGGCGCCGCGCAACCCUUCUGGGAAAGCAGGUGGGCUGCCACUUCACCAAUGAUUCCGAGCUGGUCAUUUGCUUGCGCUCUAAAACCCCUCAGCAGCUGAUUGACGAGGAGUGGUCUGUCCUGCCCUACAAGAGCACUUUCCGCUUCCCCUUCGUGCCGGUAAUUGACGGGGACUUCUUUCCAGACACCCCCGAGGCCAUGCUCGGCACAGGCAACUUCAAGGAGACCCAGGUUCUGCUGGGAGUGGUCAAGGAUGAGGGCUCCUACUUUCUGAUCUACGGGGUGCCCGGCUUCAGCAAGGACAACGAGAGCCUCAUCAGCCGGGAUGACUUCCUGGAAGGGGUGCGGAUGAGCGUGCCACAUGCCAACGACAUCGCCACCGAGGCUGUCGUGCUACAGUAUACAGACUGGCAGGACGAAGACAGCGGGGAGAAGAACCGGGAGGCCAUGGACGACAUCGUGGGGGACCACAAUGUCAUCUGCCCAGUCAUGCAUUUUGCCAAUCACUACGCAAAGCGCGGCAACAAGGUGUACACCUAUCUGUUUGACCACCGGGCCUCCAACCUCGUUUGGCCCCAGUGGAUGGGGGUCCCCCACGGCUAUGAGAUCGAGUUUGUCUUUGGACUGCCCCUCAAUGACACCCUGAACUACACGGCCCAAGAGAAGGAGCUGAGCCGCAGGAUGAUGCAUUACUGGGUCAACUUCGCCCGGACAGGGAGCCCCACUGAACCUGCUGAGGACAGGGCCUGGCCAUCCUACACCACCUCCCAGCAGCAGUAUGUCCAGCUCAACACCCAGCCGCUGGCCACCCAGCGCAACCUACGUGCCCAGAUCUGUGCUUUCUGGAACCACUUUCUCCCCAAACUACUGAGCGCGACAGACAACAUUGAGGAGGCCGAGCGGCAGUGGAAACUGGAGUUCCAUCUCUGGAGCGCCUACAUGAUGCAUUGGAAGAGUCAGUUCGACCACUACAACAAGCAGGACCGCUGCUCGGAGCUGUGAUGGGAGGAGCUGGCAUCGGCCCCCAGGCGCCCUCCCCCAACUUCGCUGACAAGGAGCCGGUUUGUCUCUUGAUCCAAAGCACCCGGAGGAGCCCAGCACCAGCCCCCCCACCCCCCGCAGCAAGUUGAUCUACUGCUCCUUGGGGAGGCCACCCCCUCGGUCUCGAUUGCCCCUUGCCGGCCCCCCAGCCCUCCCCAUCCUGUGCCCUGAGCCUGCCCACUCAGCAGGGAUUUGUAUAUAUUUAUUUAAAGAGGAAAUGUGGUAAAUAUAUAGCUAUAUAUAUAUAUAUAUAUAUUUAAUCUAUAUCUAUAUUUGAACUGUAUAUAGCACCAGAGCUGCAGCAGAUGCUGCAACAGGCGAACCCCCCUUCUGCUUUC